AUGGCUCUUGGUACUGAUGCUUCUACUAUCAGCUCUGAUUCACCUGUUGCAGCGACAGGGACACCAGCUUUCAAUAACACAGCUCAUUCAUACUAUCUUCAUCCUUUGGAUCUCCAGGGAUGGUACUGGUUAACAGUGUCUUUGAUGGCAAAGGCCAAGAACAAGCUUGGUUUUGUCGAUGAGAGCUUCACCCAGCCAGAUCCUUCUGAUCCUCUAUUCAAAUCAUGGAACCGCUGCAACGAUAUGGUAAUCUCUUGGAUCUUGAAUUCCCUCUCCAAGGAUAUAGCAGAAAGUGUCUUGUACUCCAAGACUGCAAAAGAAAUUUGGACUGAGUUAGAGGAUCGCUUUGGUCAGUCAAAUGGAGCUCAACUCUACAAUCUUCAAAAGGAAUUAAGCGACCUUGUUCAGGGGAACUCAAACAUUCCAGGAUAUUAUACCAAAAUUAAGAGGAUUUGGGAUGAGCUUGAUGCUCUUAAUACCUAUGAUCAUUGUACAUGCACUUGCAGUUGUGGAGGUAAGACAAAAAAUCUCAAAUCUCUUCAAGAUGAUCGACUUAUCCAAUUCCUUAUGGGUCUCAAUGAGACUUACUCAGCUGUCCGCAGUAACAUACUGAUGAUAUCACCUUUACCUAGUGUGAACUUGGCCUAUUCACUGCUCAUUCAAGAUAAGAAGCAGCGUGAGAUUCAUGUUGCUCAACACCCUGCCGAAUCUGCCUUCUUGGACUCAUAUCAGUAG